GACUUGGUAUUAUUCCUUGCCUUUUCCUCUGUUUUGCACAUCCAUGUCCAUAUAUAUAUAUAUAAAUACACACCAUAUCUCUCUCAUCCUUUCUGUAAUCCACCAUCCUUCUCUUCAUCUUUUCCUUCCCUAUUAAACCAAUUUAUUACCCUUUUCUUUCAUUAUCAAUCAUAUCAAAUGCAAUAAAAAGAAACUAAUUACUAUUUCAGAAUAGCAAGAAACUCUUCAAGAAGAAAAUAAUGGCGAUCCAUCAUCUUUGGAACGCUGUCGUUUUACUUCUUUUCUUCUCACCCUUCUGUCUUGGCAUUAGAUCUCUUACAAGAUCUUCUUCUUCUUCUUCAGGGGUAAAAUUGGAAUUUCACCAUCUUCUUCGCUAUUCUGAAGCGCCGGACUACCGUAACGGCAUGGACUGCACUCCAACUCUAUCACCAUCUUCUCUUUGUGACCCUUCAUUAAUCCACGUGGCAAUGACUCUUGAUUUUGAAUACUUGCGUGGCUCAAUCUCCGCCGUCCAUUCAGUUUUGAAGCAUUCAUCUUGUCCUGAAAAUGUAUUCUUUCAUUUCAUCACAGCUGAGUUCGACUCGCUAUCACCUCGAGUUCUGAGUCAACUCGUUAGAUCCACUUUUCCUUCCUUAAAUUUCAAAGCCUACAUAUUUCGUGAAGACACAGUCAUAAAUUUGAUCUCAUCUUCAAUCCGUACCGCAUUAGAAAACCCAUUAAACUAUGCCCGGAACUACUUGGGUGAUAUACUUGACCCGUGUGUCAAACGGGUCAUUUAUCUCGAUUCGGAUCUUAUAUUAGUUGAUGAUAUCUAUAAACUAUGGAAUACAACUCUUUCAUCAUCUCACAUUAUCGGAGCUCCGGAAUAUUGUCAUGCUAAUUUCACAGUAUACUUCACCAACACUUUUUGGUCCAAUCAUGAACUCAAAUCAUUGGCAUUCGGGUCGGAUUCCGGGUCCACGGCCCGAACCCGAAAACCAUGUUAUUUUAAUACGGGUGUAAUGGUAAUGGAUUUAAAGAAAUGGAGAGAAGGAAAUUACAGGAAAAAGAUUGAAUAUUGGAUGGAAAUACAGAAAAAACAGAGGAUUUAUGAAUUGGGUUCUUUACCACCAUUUUUAUUAGUUUUUGGUGGAAAAAUAAAGCCAAUUAAUCAUAGAUGGAAUCAACAUGGAUUAGGGGGAGAUAAUGUGAAAGGUUCAUGUAGAUCUUUACAUUCUGGACCUGUAAGUUUACUGCAUUGGAGUGGUAAAGGUAAGCCAUGGGUAAGACUUGAUGCAAAUAAACCUUGUCCGUUGGAUCAUUUAUGGCAACCCUAUGAUUUGUUUAAAAGAAUAGAAGAUGAUGAUCAUCAUCAGCAAAAUCAGAAAUUUGGUUCUGGGUUUGGUGCUAAUUCUUUAAUUGGUUGGUUGUAGAUUUAUAAUUCUAUUUACUUUGAUAAAAUUUGAUUUUAUUUGUGUAAUAAAUUGGGGAAAAAGAUAAAAUAAGGAGGAAGUGAUUUUUUAGAUGGGUAGAUGAGGAGAAUGUACAGUUGAGAGAUUGCAUUUAAUUGGUAAAUUUAUUUAUUUUUUUGAAUUUUGAUUUUGGGUUCUUUGUGUUGGAGCCAAAUUUUGAUAAUUAUUCUAAUUGUGUUUUUGUGUAUUUACAGUGGACCAAUAAAUGAUAUCGAUGGUAGAAUUUAAUUCAUAGUA